UUUUUUCCCCACCCAGAGAGCGCCAAAGCAACGCGAGGACGAGUAGCGAGGCGAAAGAGGAUAAUUGCGUUUCUGGCUGCCCCGUGGGAACAUGGGAUAUAUGACCUCAUCAUCCACCUGCGAGGCUCUCCACUGAACAACUCCACAUAGACGUACGAUGGACGCAGCGGUCGAGGUCGACGACGCCCGCCACGUGCCGUCGUGUGAUGUCAUCAGCCACUCCACGCCUCCUCCUUUUGUGCGCCCCCUCUGCAGCACUCCCAAACAAGACGAUGGCAGCAAUCCGGAGCUGCAGACACUUUGCAACCCGCCAAAGAAAAAAGCCAAGGCCAGGGGCAAGCUCGUGCGCAGCAUGGCCGUGUGCGAGGAGUCGAAGGAAGAGCAGCAGACCACUCGCGUCACCUCGCCCACCUGCAACCAGGACCACUCCGCUUCCUGCAAGGAAGAGGAGCAGCAGGAAAAACUCUCCAAAGACUGCAGCGUGGAGUACACCGACUCGACGGGCAUCGACCUGCAGCUGUUCAUCAGGGACACGCUGAACCGGAACCCCCGGGACCGCAUGAUGCUGCUCAAGCUGGAGCAGGACAUGAUCGACUUCAUCACCGGCGAGAGCCCCUUUAAGAAGUUCCCUCACAUGUCGUCCUACCACCGCAUGCUGGUCCACAGGGUGGCGGCCUACUUUGGCAUGGAGCACAACGUGGACCAGACGGGCAAGUCUGUCAUCAUCAACCGCACCAGCAGCACUCGCAUACCCGAGCAGCGUUUCCUGGACCAGGUGCACGAGGACAAGGCCUCGGAGAUCCAGCACUGGAAAAGCAUUUUAAAGCGGGACAACAGCUCAGACGAACAGCAGACGCGGCGCUACGCCUCACGCGAGAAGCACAGCAAGUCCGUGGAAGAGAGGGAGGAGGAGUACCAAAGAGCGCGGGACCGAAUCUUCAGCCAAGAGCCUCCUUGCACACAGGAGGGCGGCCAUGCGGAAAACAGGACUGCGGAGGAGUGCAACCCCUACGCUGAGACCCAGAGGAAAAGGCAGCUCUUCAGGGGGAGUCGUGACAGCUCGGGCUCCAGCUGGACGGGCAGCAGCAGGCAGAGCAGCACGGAGGCGGACUGUCGCUGUAGCAACGAGCCCCGACCGUGGAGCAGCACCGACUCGGAUUCGUCGUACCAGUGGACGAACCCCGCCCCCAAACCCCGCCAGGCCACCAAUCCCGGCUGGGACGCGCGAGCAGGCUCCAUCUCUCUCUUCAGGCUGCCCCCCACCUCCACUCCCCCCAACAUGGCCGAGCCCGCCCCUAACCCCGCCUACAUCCAGGAGAACGGCAUCCCACCCGGGAGCAUCCUCGUCAACCCUCACACUGGCCAGCCCUUCCUCAAUCCCGACGGCAGCCCCGUGGUGUACAACCCGCCUGCCGCUCCGCAGCCAAUCGCGAGCCAGGCGUCGCAGCAGGUGUACUCGUCCGUCUCCUACCCCGCGCCGCAGACCUUCCCCACCCAGGUGGAGGAGCUCUCCUCGCAGUUUGCUCACGUGACCGUCGGGGAGGCCCCGCCCCUUUACCCGCCCGGACAGAGCUUCAUCUAUGCAGCGCCGCCCCCUCCCCCUCCCCCCGCCAACCCCCACAGCUACUGCCAGCCCUCGCCGCAGGUGCCUACCUUCUACUACAGCCAGUAUCCUACCUCAGUGCAACAUCCUGUCAAGGCCGCCUCCCCUAGCUGCAGCCAGGCGACAGGUUACGCCCCCGUGGUGGGGGUGCAGCAGCCCUCGCAUCCUGUGCUGGGGGGCUACACGCCGCUGGCCCCCCACCACUGUAGCAUUGUCCAGGUAACCCAAGAGCACGGGCACAAAAAGCAGCCGGUGAGGAUUGAGUGCUUCCUCUCCUGUCCACAGGGGGGCGUGUCCUUUCCACAAAGCAAGCUGGGGGAGACGGCCUACUGCUGCAUGGUGCCCCCCCACUGUGCCCACCCUGCCGGCGGACUCAGCGGCCCCGCCUGGACCGCAUAGCACUGAUGUGGAUGAAGUGAUCUCACACACACACACACACACACACACCUUUUCACGUGUCUUCCCCCUCCCCCCCACUGUGCCCACAUGUUUGCACAAGCCACGCCCACAUUAGCGCACUGUACCAAAGCUUCAUAGCACAUGAAUUCAUAUAUUUGUCAAAGCUGCUGUAUUGAAUGCAUUAUUUAUACACACAAAUGGAGUUUUAUAUUGAUAUUCAACCAUAUAUAUAUAUAUAUACAUACAUAUCUAUAUAUAUACAUACAUAUAUAUAUAUAUAUAUACAUACACAUACAGUAUAUAUACAUGUGUGUGUGUGUAUAUAUAUAUAGUGAUUGAACGCAAAUGCACUGUGUGAAAAUACAAUAAACCGACGUGGCCGUCUUGACGUGCCCACGUUCACGUAUCA